GCAACCGUUAUCAUGUCUGCCGGUCUUUACGCGCUUCCGUACAAUGGUACGGAGGGGAGUGCCGAUGCCGGCUACUCUUCUGGGGUUCAAGACCUCAACGUCUUCUAUGAGGUGGGUUGAAAGUGGCUUUCCGCAGGCUCGCUUCCGUGUGCGCUUCUAACUGAAAGGAAAUAGUCCGGUGACCUGGCAUGGAUCAUGGUCUGCGCAGCUCUUGUGCUGCUCAUGAUCCCCGGUGUCGGUUUCUUCUACUCAGGCCUUGCUCGCCGGAAGUCAGCGCUGUCCUUGAUAUUGAUGUCGAUGAUAUGCGUCGGAGUGGUGGGCUUCCAAUGGUUCUUCUGGGGUUACACGUUGACCUUCUCCCACACCGGCUCCGUCUUCCUUGGUGACAUGUCCAACUUUGGCCUCAAGGAUGUCGUCGCUCAACCCUCCGUGGGUUCCAGCAAGAUUCCGGACAUUCUCUUUUGCUUGUACCAGGGCAUGUUCGCUGCUAUUACGUGAGUCCCACCUCCUGAUUCAAGGAUGAAAGAUAAGCCGU